UCAAUGACGUCACGAGAGCAAUAUAAACAGGCGCCCCGGGCAAUGUAGGCAGAGAUUCCAUUCUACAUUCAAUGGGUAGACUGAACCGGUCGAGAUAGUGAUCAAGAAAACACUUGAGAAUUGUAGUGUAAAGUUGCAGUCACAUACAAAAGAUUGUAGCAAGAUGUUGUCACUUGGAAAUACACCCGCCACCAACAAGACCGUACUUGACAGGUACAUGAAGCUGCCAAUUCCUGACGACAAAUGUCAAGUCAUGUACGUUUGGGUUGACGGCAGCGGGGAGAACCUACGCUCGAAGACUAGGACUGUCAACUUCAUACCCAAGUCUCCGUCAGAGCUCCCGAUCUGGAACUUCGACGGGUCGUCCACGGGCCAGGCCGAGGGCAGCAACAGCGACGUGUACCUGCACCCGGUGGCGCUCUACCGGGACCCCUUCAGACUGGGCAACAACAAGCUGGUGCUCUGCGAGACCUACAAGCACAACAAGAAGCCCACAGGCACCAACCACCGCCACAGAUGUGUGGAGGUCAUGACCCGAGCGGCUGACCAGCACCCCUGGUUCGGCAUGGAGCAGGAGUACACGCUGCUGGACACCGACAACCACCCCUUCGGCUGGCCCAAGAACGGCUUCCCGGGGCCUCAGGGACCCUACUACUGCGGCGUCGGGGCAGGCAAGGUCUACGGGCGCGACGUGGUGGAGGCCCACUACCGGGCGUGCCUCUACGCGGGCAUUAACAUCUCCGGCGAGAACGCGGAGGUGAUGCCCGCCCAGUGGGAGUUCCAGGUGGGGCCGUGCGAGGGCAUCACGAUGGGCGACGACCUCUGGAUGGCGCGCUACUUCCUGCACCGCGUCGCCGAGGACUUCAACGUUGUGGUGUCCUUGGACCCGAAGCCCAUCCCCGGCGACUGGAACGGCGCCGGCAUGCACACCAACUUCUCCACGAAGGCCAUGAGGGAGGCCAACGGCAUCGUGGAGAUCGAGAAGGCCAUCGACAAGCUCUCGAGGCACCACAUCCGCCACAUCAAGGCCUACGACCCCAAGGAGGGCAAGGACAACGAGCGCCGCCUCACGGGCCUCCACGAGACGUCGUCCAUCCACGACUUCUCCGCCGGCGUGGCCAACAGGGGCUGCUCCAUCCGCAUCCCCAGGGGCGUGGCCGAGGACAAGCAGGGCUACCUCGAGGACCGGCGGCCGUCCUCCAACGCCGACCCCUACAUGGUGUCCGAGGUCCUCGUGCGAACCAUUUGCCUGGACGAGUAGGCUCCUGCAGGACGGAGGGCAAGAGAAGCGCCCUUUGGCUUGAUCACGAAGGGCGAGCAAGCAGCCACCAAAACAUCGCCUGGGGAUCCUGCGGGUCUCGGGGAAAGGAAAGCGUCCCUCCUCCGCGAGAGAGAGAGACUUU